GUAGUUUAACCGGUGUAAAAAGCAGUCAUUGCCUAUUGUUAUUGUUACAGGUUUUGCUGAAUUAUUAGCAUUUUAAAAGUUUAAUAAUUUUCUUAUUUGCGAUUUUCAUUUAUAAUAUCAAGAUGUCGUAUAAAACAGGACAGAAGGUCCAAAAAGUUAUGGUCCAGCCUAUUAACCUUAUUUUUAGGUUUUUACAAAAUAAAUCGAAGAUUCAGGUGUGGCUAUAUGAAAAUGUCACAACUAGGAUUGAAGGACAUAUAAUUGGGUUUGAUGAAUAUAUGAACCUAGUCUUGGAUGAUGCAGAAGAAAUUGUCAUGAAAACUCAAGAAAGGAAGAUGUUGGGUCGUGUUCUACUGAAAGGUGAAAAUAUUACCUUGCUCAUGAAUACUGAGAAACCCAAGCCUUCAACAUCUGGAUAAAUUUCUAUGUUCAAAGCAUUGUACAUUUGAUAAUCAUGUCCUCCUUCACUUCAAAUCAUCAUCUGGAUAAAUUUUGAUUUGUUCAUUGUUUUUUGUCAAUUGUGCAUAUCAUUAUAAUUUUUCAAAUAAAAAUUUCAUCAUUAAAUAA